GUUAUCUUCUUCCUGGUUGCCGAUAUGUGCAGUGUGAUGGGGCUUGAUGCGGAAUGGUCCUGUGUGUAUUACACGGCAUGGGUUGGUUCUGGAUAGGACUGCUUGUGGUCUGUGUCUCUGAAGCUCUCAUUGAAGCUGCGUGUCACUGUCACACUGCAGCUGCCUGUGCCGUGUUCCCAUCUACUCCCUGUAGCCAGGUCGGUGAUCCAGACAGAUGUCAGGAAGGAUGGUUCGGUUCCUACUGUCAGAAACAAAACAUUGCUUUGCGGAGAUCUAGCAGCCAGAGUAGCACUUUAGGCGAUCGUACGGAUUUUUUUGAAGCAGCAUUGGGUGUAGACGGCAUAGCCACCACAAGUGUCACGAGCACGCCACGGACAUGUGCUCAUACCCAACAAGAGACAAAUCCCACCUGGACUGUGAACCUGAACACUUCAGUUCCAGAGAAGAUACAACACAUCAGACUCUAUAUCCGUGACAUACUUCAGGAGAGAAGCGAUGGCAUGGAGAUAUUUGUUGGAAACCAGAUGUGCUACAACUGGUCAUCCACUGAACAUCCUCCACCUAUAGCUAAUGUCACCUGCCGCAAGCCACUGACAGGAACCACAGUCACUAUACGGAUACCUGGUUUAACGAAAUAUCUUACUUUGUGUGAAGUGCAGAUAUUUGUUUGCAGUGACGGUUGGUUUUCUGAAGAUUGUGACAAACAGUGCCGGUGCCUAAACAGUAAUGAUGUAUGUGACAAGAUCACUGGUCGCUGUUCUAGUGGGUGUUUCCCUGGAAAUCAUGGUACUGAUUGCCAAACAGCAUGUCCAGAUGGUUCCUAUGGUAUCAACUGUGCCUCUCCGUGUGGAAACUGCCCCAGUGGCGUCAGAUGUAGUAAGAUAAACGGAACAUGUCCUGGAGGAUGUGCCUCGGGGUGGAUGAGAGACCACACAAUGUUAUGUCAACAACGAUGUCCAGAUGGUUCCUAUGGCAUAAACUGUGCCUCUCAGUGUGGAAACUGCCUAAACAAUGGCAUCUGUGAAAAGACAAACGGACGCUGUCCAGGAGGAUGUGCAGCAGGAUGGCAAAGUGAUACAACAUGUCUACAAGCAUGUCCAGAUGGUUCCUAUGGUAUCAACUGCUCCUCGGAAUGUGGAAACUGUCUGGAUGGUGUCAGCUGUGACAAGAUAAGUGGAACUUGUCCUAAAGGAUGUGCAGCAGGGUGGAUUAAUGACGGCACGUGUCUACAACAGGAGUGUUCCAACUGGGGAAUCCCAGUGGCAGCUGUCCUUGGUGUGUUGCUCAUCUGCGCAUUGACUGGGGCAACCUUAUACAUAAGACGAUUACUGAAAGAACUGGAAAGCAUGAAGACCAAGGUGAGAGAUGAACACUAUGUGACACUUGAUGAGAGGACGAGGACAACAGUAGCAGAAAGUACAUACGAACAUAUCGGCAAUGCAACGCCCUACUACAAUACAGUCAGUCACGUUCAAGAUGAAACUGGAUGAGAGGACAAGGAACGGUACCACACUGCAGAAAUAUGUAUAUUUUUCACCCCAUCACAAAGUGACACACUAUUGGGGACGUUUAGUGAUUUAGUAAGAAAAGCAUGUACAUGCUAAUAGAUGUUUUCAUACAUAA